GUUCUUAUUCUCGUUUAGUCUAAAAGUCCGCCCUCGGCGAAACCCUAGCGGAGGCGAUGGUCAAGUCUCGAGACGUCCAAGAAAUUGUCGCAAAGCUCUCGUCCGAUAAAGCCAAGACACGAGAAGAAGGGAUAAAGUUGCUGAAUACAUGGUUAGAAGGAGAUAGAUCGAACGAUUUCUGUAUUUAUAUUUCACAGAAAACUGCCAAGCUUAAAGGAGAUGAAAUUCCUCACUCUGAAACAUGGCCUUUCUUUGUUACUAUGUUGAUUCGGUGUGCUUCACUGGAGAUAUCCCCAACCAAGCGUGGAUCACCGAAAUUGGUCUUUGCAAAGACCCUGAGGAUAGUUGUGCAACGGGCCCAGGAUGAUAAUAUUUAUGGUAACAUAUUGCCACUGUUACCCGUGGUUAAAAGUCUUUUCAACCAUAUUUGGGAGGUCUUAAGCAAUGAUCCAAGCUACCAGUGGCAGUCGGAAUAUGGACUUCUUCUACAUGACCUUUUGGCUGUCAGAGAUUAUCGAUUUCACAUGAGAAAGCGAAUCUAUUGUAGCCUAGUGCUUCAGUACAUGGCCAAUAUGGAAGAAAGCUUGAGUGGUAGGAAUGAUAAUCAACAUAUUAUCAAGGACGUAAAUACUCUGCGUUCACUUCUGGAGAAGCCCCCUGGAGAUUUCCCAGAUAAUCUUAGGGACGGCAUUGUUAAAGGUUUUGUUAGGAUUUUCUCUUGCAUCAGGGAUGAGGGGAAGGUUUCUCGCAAACUUAUGGAGUGUAUUAAUACAUACUUGUUAAAAGAUGGUCCCAACUUAGGGUGUCAGUCCUUGGAGAUUCACAACGCCGUGCAUAAAUUUGUCUUCCGGUGUUUGCUGACAACACAUGAUCAAACUUUUAAGGAUGCCCUUAUUUUGUAUGCAAGGUUACAACUGAAUAUGACUAGAGGUGCUACUGAUGGGAGUUUUUUGGUACAACAACUUAUAGACAUGGUGUACAAGCAGUUAGAUCAAAGCUCUGUAUCCAAUACAAUUGUGCCCAGUGAUGCAGCUAAAUAUGAGAAGUUUGGAACUUUGAGCAGCUCUCAUUGUGCCUUGGUUGAACUUGCAGCUGCUGUAAUUUAUAGGGCUUGUAUUAACUUGACAAAAGCACCAUCUACUGAAAAGAGGGUCAAGAGAGAGCAUGUUGCUGCCCAUUUACGAGAGGCUCUCAUGAAGGGGAAAUGGUUAUGGAAUGCUUCAUUUUGUUGCCUUACUCGUAAGUACUUUUCACGCAUUGGUAAAGAACUUUUUAUGUACUGGUUCGAGGGCAUAUAUACAAGCUUUCAAAGAAUUUUGAAUGAGGCAAAUGUGGGGCAUGCUUAUGAUGGUUUGCUGUGGACACUGAGGAGCCUGCUGGAACUCUCGUCUGUCUUGUUGCUUCCAGAUCCAGAGAUCAAAAGCUUCAUCUAUAGUUGUAUUUUUGAUUGUGGUUGGCAACUAGUAUGGAGCUGCCUUAUGCAGGGCUUCCCGUUGUUCAGUAAUGUAACUGCAGUUGUAGAUGCGGCUCUGGUGCUUCUUGGAAACAUAAUUUCAAGUGAUCGUGUACAUGUAUGCGUUGUACCUCAGGAUGUGUGGGACCUUAGGAUAUUCAAACAAAUGCCAUCAGUGUCUGUCUUGUACUUUAUAUCCUGUUACUUCUCAAGGAAAGGUUCGCAAGGCGAUGUUCCAGACAUUAUACACCUGAGAAAACACCUCCUCAGAGCAGUUUUGGGUCAACUUCAGGGAACGGAGAUUUCCAUAUUUAACGAGCACUCAGUGUUAUUAUUGCCUGCAGCUGUUUUUUCUCUUUGUGCUGGUUGUGUUCCUUUCACACAAUGCCACACUGGACUAACCCAAUCUUACACUGUUCUAGAUGUUACUGAUGCUGUCAAUAAGACAGAAAAGCCUGAGCAAAAUUGUCUGCAUGGACUAUUUGACUGUACUGUGGAGGUUCUUGCUAAUAUUGGUCCAGGCUUCAAGGUUGAGGUUUUCCCAUCCCAACACUAUCCUAAUCUACGGCUUCCCAGGCAGUUAAGAGAACCAAUGCUUUCUGAAAUGGAGACUUUUAUUCUUGGAUCUCUAGUGGAGAAGGAGAUGAGAAGGGAAUCUUUGUCAGAUAUAUUCUGUUUAUGUGCUAUGUUGUCAAACCUGAUAUAUGGUUCAGUCUUGACAAGGUUUGUCUCAUCUUUUUAUUUAUUUAUUUAUUUGUUAUGUCUAAGAGGGAGGAAUGAGUCAAAAUAUAUCAAAUUUAAACUGGCUCAUGCUGGCUGUUUGAUACCUGUUUUUAAUAUGUAUAUCUUUCCUGUGUCCUGGAUACAUUUAUCUUUGGAGUCAGUGUUCCACUUGUGGGUCACACGGGCAGCGGUAUACUUCUGGACUGUAAAGCAAAGAGAGGAAGUUUCAUCAUUCAUCUCAAAAUUGGGUCAAUGUCUGUUAAAAUUGCUGGAUUGUGCUGUUACUGUCACCCAGGGAAAUGAUUGUCCACCUCUCGGUUCUGAUCUCAUAUCUAAUGGAACAAGCUCUAUUGUUGCUUCCUUUAGAUGUUUUGCUUGUUCUCCUAUCUUUAUACGACAGCGUGAUCGAUAUCCUGUGGAUGCUGAACUUUAUUGUGCCAUCAUGCAAGUGAUGGAGAGGCUCUUAAAAGCAAUGUCUAAUGUGUAUGAAAAGUAUUCCAGUGGUCCAGGAGGUCGUAGGUUUGAGAUGAACCUGCAAGGUUUAUCUGCAUAUGAUACCUCAAUACAAUGUUCUUUCCCUGCUGAUAGCAAUAAAAGUAGGAUUGUGGACAUGGAACUGGAUGUUAAUGAGGAUACGGGAGAUAUGGAUACAUCACCCGAUAGUGGAAAAACUGCUGGUGUAUUAUCUUCUGUAGACAGAUGGAAGCUGGGCAUGAUAUCUCUUAUUUCUAAUUUUUUCUUAGUUUCACACGCAACUUGGGAUGUCCUGUUUAAGCUCCUGUCAAAAGAAAGUGAUCAAAAGAUCAGGGAAAAAAUUAUGCUUAGUCUUUGUGAACAUCCCUUUUGGUCCUCUGCUGAAAAUUUCAACGAAAUGGUCGGUUUAUUGACUGAAAUGGUUAAGAUAAAAGUGAGUCUUAAACUUGAUUGUGGUAAGUUAUUAUCUACCAUCCAUGUUUUGCUGGGGACACUAUCAUCCCUCGACACUAUCCGGAAAGAUAAAGGUUUCACCAACUCUUUAGGUGAAAGGGGACCUGAGCAGAGCUUAAUGUAUCUUCGAGAUGCAGUUGCCGAAUGUGAUUGUCUUGACUGGUUUGGACGUGUUAAGCUCAUCGAUUGCAUAUGCAAUUUUGUUUUACUCAGCCCUCAAAUUGGUCAGUCACUGAUUGAAAGGUUGUUGACAAUGCUUCAAGAUCCUGAUUAUCGAGUUCGGUUCUCCUUGGCUAGAAGGAUUGGUGUUCUUUUCCAAACGUGGGAUGGACAUGAGGAAUUAUUCCACGAUAUAUGUUCCAACUUUGGUGUGAUGUUGGUGGUUUCCUCGAAAGAAAAACUUGUUACUGCAAACGAGGUCUUAGCUAGUGGUCCACAGCCUCAGCCAACAGUGGAAACUGUCAUUAUUACUCUCAUGCAUCUUGCUUUGCAAAGUGAGAAAAUUGAGUUGGAGGCUAUAUUCAUGAUAUGUGUGGUUGCUGCUAUAGAUCCUUGCCACAGGGAAUUAAUCUUUGUAGUACUUGACAAUCUCUCAAGGCAGCUACGCUAUUCAAGUAGGUUUAAGUACUUGGAGGAGCUGUUAGGAUCAAUUCUCUUUAGCUGGGUUGCUUGUGGUGUAAGCCUUGCUGCACUUGUAGAGAUACGGCAGUUAUUUGUAUCAGAUUCUGAACCUAGUUAUUUCAUGCAGUAUUGUUGCAAUUGGCUUCUCCCAGCUCUAGUUUUGCAUGGGGAUAGCUCCAGUCUCAGCUGGGUUGCUAAAAUUGCUUGUCAACCUCCGGCAGUUCUGGUGAAAAAUCACUUUGUGCAGAUCUUCUCUGUUUGUAUGGGAUUGCAUUGUAGCAGGAGGACUGGGUGGGAAAAGGGAGCAGAUGUGCUUCAGAAUUCUAUUUUAUAUCUUGCUCAGAUAUCUGAGAAUGAACGGGACAUACUCAUCAAGAAACAUAUGGUAUCCAUUGUAAGCCACAUUCUGUCUCUUGCAUCAGCAGCACCAAACCCUACAGUUCCAUUCUUUUCUCGGGAUACGAUUGCACAGGGAAUUCUGACAAUUGUUGAUGGGUUUUUAGAGACGGAGGAUUAUGCUACAACUGUGUGUGUUGUUGACAAGAUUAACAUUUUUCGCCCGGAUAGGGUUUUCAUGUUUAUAGUUGAGAUGCAUUAUAGAAUUGCAGCAGCAACCCAUCAUAGGCAUGCAUGUCACAGACUGGCUGGAAUUGAGGUGCUGAUAGAUGUCCUUGGGCAUAGAGCUGCCAUUGCGAGCACUUCCAACUAUCUUUUCAAUCUGAUUGGGCAAUUCAUUGGUUACCUUGAUUUACAAGAUCAAUGCUGUCGUGUCAUAUCUGUGCUUCUGGGAACUUUUAGAAGUAAUCCAUCAAGAGAAAUUAUCAGUGUUUUAGGUGAGCAACUUCAGUUUUUAGUAUCAAAGUUGGUGGCAUGUUGCAUUCCCUCUGAAACUAAGGGGGAACAUUCUGGCUGCAGAUCAUCUCAAGUUUCAUCAUUGCUGUUUCAGCUUACUGUCCAUGCUGAUCCAUCCCUUUAUGAUUACAUCAGAGAAUUGGAACCAUUCCCUGAAAUAGAAAUCUUUGAUGAGAUUAGAAAGUUCCAUCAGGAUUUGUGCCGAGCUUACUCUCCCAGAGAUCAUCUGCUGAAGUUUGUUAGGAGAUCCGGUCACCUUCCACCAAGAUUACUUCUUUGGAGUCUCCAAGCAUUGCACAAGAAGCUACUUUUCGGUGAAACAUUUCAAAUUGAAAAGAAUACAGCAGAUCUGGUGGAAGACAGAUACUGGCAUUGCGACGAUGAAACUAUGAAUGCUGUCUGGACUAUGGUUCGCAUGUCUGGCUCGGAAGAUGAAGAUGCACAUAGCAUUAGAGUUUUGGUGUCGGAUUUCAUAUCUAGGGUUGGUAUUGGGGAUCCACAUUGUGUUGUUUUCCAUCUGCCCGGAAACUCAAGUAACAUCCAUGUCCGCGAACCUAUAAAUCAAAGCUCUGCUACGGAAGGCACAUUCCUGAUUGAUAGUGGAUUAUCUGAAGAACUUCUGGUCGCACUUUUGAAGCUCCUGAAGAAGUACCUGAUGGAUGAUGCUGUUAAAAUAGUAGAUAUGACAUCUCAAGCUCUUCGGGGAAUUCUUUCAACUCAAAGGGGUCAGACUACUCUCUUGUCAUUUGAUUCUUAUGAGAGAUCUCUAAUUGAGGUUCACUCCAAGGGAGUCAAUAUUGAGCUGGUUGAAAAGCUCCUUUUGGAUCUGGAAAUUAAGUUUAAAGCUGAAGCAAUUCCACUUGAGAAAUCUUCUGUAUGGGUAACACGUGGCAAAACCUUUGAUGCAUGGAUUUGUCCACUUGUCUACUCACUUAUUGGCUUAUGCAGUGAUGUUAUUCUGAGAUUAUGUCAGGAUAUUGUGUUGAUGAAAGCUGAAGUUGCUGAACUUAUAUUGGCAAGUAUUAUUGUCAAUCUUGCUGGAAAGAAGGACAUGGACGUUAAUUUCUACAAGUUGAUCUCCAUGCAGGUGCAGGAACAUGUAUUUACAGACUCUAAUAAGUUAAUCAAGUCAAUUCAAGUAUGGUUGAAUGCCCUCAAUGAACUUCGAUUGUGUCGUGUAAUGGAAAGAUCUUUAUUGCUGUUGAAGCAAGAAAGCUCUAAGAGUGCUAACUCUCGCUCCACCUCUGUAAAGGCUAGAGAAUCUGCUGCUGCAACGGGAAUGCCGACAUCAUUAUGGGACAAGGUUUAUUGGCUUUCUAUUGAUUAUCUUGUUGUUGCUAAGUCAGCAGUUGUUUGUGGCUCAUACUUUACUGCCGUGAUGUAUGUGGAGCAUUGGUGCGAAGAACAUUUCAAUAGCCUCACACUGGGUAGCCCCGAUUUCUCCCACAUCGAAACGUUGCCAUGCCACAUUGAAAUACUUGUUGCAGCAAUUACCCAGAUCAAUGAACCUGACAGCUUAUAUGGGAUUAUCCAGUCACACAAGUUGACCUCUCAAAUCAUUACAUUCGAACAUGAGGGAAACUGGAGCAAGGCCCUUGAAUAUUAUGAUUUGCAAGUACGCUCAGCUGCUAUGGUACCAAUGUAUUUUGGUUCUAGGAAUUUGUCACUGGAACAGACUCAAAUUGAUAAUAUUUCCAAUUCCACACUGGAUGAUCUGAUGAAACAAAGGAAACCAUAUAAAGGUCUGAUCAGAUCUUUGCAGCAGACUGGUUGUAUGCAUGUCCUGGACUUUUAUUGUCAAGGAUUGACAUCUAGAAAGGGACAGCUUCAUCAGGAUCUGGAGUUUACUGAAUUGCAGUAUGAAGCUGCUUGGCGUGCAGCGAACUGGGAUUUCUCCUUACUCUAUGCCGGAGAUAAUUGUGUUUCAUCAACUCUGCACAUCAAAGCCAAUCAUUUUAAUGAAAAUUUGCAUAGUUGUUUGAGGGCGCUAAAAGAGGGCGAUUUCAGUGAAUUUCAUAGAAAGCUGAAAGAUUCAAAGCAGGAGAUUGUGUGGUCUGUUUCUCGUGCAAGUGAAGAAAGUACUGAACAUAUAUACUCAGCAAUAAUAAAACUGCAGAUCCUCUAUCAUCUUGGCACAGCGUGGGAUUUACGUUGGAGAUCAUCCCAAUCUGAGAGUAUGAAUUUCUAUCCACAGAUGGAAGAAGUGAAUUCGGAACCUCUAAUCCCUACCAUGGAUCAGUUAUCCUGGCUGAACUUGGAUUGGAGCUCCAUUUUGGAGCGAACACAGUUACACAUGAGUUUAUUAGAGCCUUUUAUAGCGUUCAGGGGAGUUCUUCUUCAAGUCUUAAAUUGUAAGGACUCCAUGGUGCAACAUCUCCUGCAAUCCACACGUACUCUCCGUAAGGGAUCUAGAUAUUCACAAGCAGCUGCAGCCUUGCAUGAGUUUAAGUUUCUUUGUGUUGAAUCAGGGGAGCAAGAUUCAUCUCUCUAUUGGCUUGGAAGGGUUGAAGAAGCAAAGCUUUUGCGUAGCCAAGGUCAACAUGAGAUGGCUAUCAGCCUUGCAAAGUAUGUAGCAGAAUAUUCCCUGUCAAAUGAAGAGUCUUCAGAUGUACAUCGCUUGGUUGGGAAGUGGCUGGCGGAGACUAGAUCUAGCAACUCAAGAACUAUUUUGGAAAAGUAUUUGAAACCUGCUGUUUCACUUGUCGAGGAUCAGAAGGCUACAGACAAGAGAUCGAGAGAUAGACAUAGCCAAACUCAUUUUCAUCUUGCACAUUAUGCGGAUGCUUUGUUUAGGAGUUAUGAGGAAAGACUUGCCUCCAGUGAGUGGCAAGCAGCCAUGCGACUGAGGAAACAUAAGACUACAGAGUUGGAAGGGGAGAAGACUGAUUACUCUAUCAAAAUUCAAGAGUUGCAAAAGCAGCUUGCAAUGGACAAGGAGGAGGCUGAAAAGCUUCAGGAUGACAGAGAAACAUUUCUUAGCCUAGCAUUGGAUGGGUAUAAACAUUGUUUGGUUGUUGGUGACAAGUAUGACGUCAGAGUGAUUUUUCGACUGGUUUCUCUGUGGUUUUCUCUCUCCUCUAGAAAAAGUGUUGUUGAUAGCAUGCUUACCACAAUCACUGAGGUUCAGUCUUACAAAUUCAUCCCGUUGGUGUAUCAAAUUGCUUCCAGAAUGGGUAGCUUAAAGGAUAGCCAGUGUUCUCAUAAUUUCCAGUUUGCUUUAGUUUCUCUUGUGAAGAAAAUGGCUAUCGACCAUCCGUACCAUACUGUAUUUCAGCUUCUAGCACUUGCAAAUGGUGACCGUAUCAAGGACAAGCAGCGGAGUAAGAAUUCAUUUGUGGUAGACAUGGAUAAAAAGCUUGCAGCAGAGAAUCUUUUACGAGAGUUAACCUCGUAUCAUGGUGCUAUAAUAAAUCAAAUGAAACAAAUGGUGGAGAUUUAUAUCAAACUAGCAGAACUAGAAACGAAAAGAGAGGACACCAAUAGAAAACUAUUGCUACCAAGAGAGUUGCGUAAUCUUAAACAGCUGGAACUUGUGCCAGUUGUGACAGCUACCUUUCCUGUUGACCGAAGUUGUCAAUACGAUGAAGGCUCCUUCCCAUACUUCAAGGGGUUAGCAGAUUCAGUUAUGGUAAUGAAUGGUAUAAAUGCUCCAAAGGUGGUCGAAUGCCUAGGUUCUGAUGGUCGCAGAUACAGACAGCUGGCAAAAUCUGGAAACGAUGAUCUAAGACAAGAUGCUGUAAUGGAACAAUUUUUUGCCUUGGUCAACACCUUUUUACGGAACCACCGUGAUACAUGGAAAAGAAGAUUAGGAGUACGCACAUACAAGGUAGUUCCAUUUACUCCAAGUGCUGGGGUCCUUGAAUGGGUUAAUGGCACUCUUCCUCUUGGCGAAUACCUUAUAGGAAGCAUGAGAAAUGGAGGUGCACAUGGUCGCUAUGGAAUUGGGGACUGGUCAUUUCUCAAAUGCCGAGAACACAUGACAAAUGGAAAGGACAAGCGCAAGGCAUUUCAGGAAGUUUGUGGCAAGUUCAGGCCUGUCAUGCAUCAUUUUUUCUUGGAGAGAUUCUUACAACCAGCUGACUGGUUUGAAAAGAGGCUUGCAUACACCCGAAGUGUUGCUGCAAGUUCAAUGGUUGGUUAUAUUGUUGGCCUUGGGGAUCGACAUGCUAUGAAUAUCUUAAUCGAUCAGACUACUGCAGAAGUUGUUCAUAUAGAUCUUGGUGUUGCCUUCGAACAAGGGUUGAUGCUUAAGACACCAGAACGGGUUCCAUUCCGACUUACAAGGGACAUAAUUGAUGGUAUGGGUGUCACUGGAAUAGAAGGGGUUUACAGGCGAUGUUGUGAGGAAACUCUUUCUGUUAUGAGAACAAAUAAAGAAGCACUACUGACCAUCAUUGAAGUUUUUAUCCAUGAUCCGCUAUAUAAAUGGGCUCUAUCACCUCUGAAAGCAUUGCAGCGUCAAAAGGAAACGGAUUAUGAAUUGGAGACAAGCUUAGAGGACUCUCAAGAUGAAUAUGAAGGUAACAAGGAUGCUGCACGUGCAUUGAUGCGUGUCAAACAAAAAUUAGAUGGAUAUGAAGAAGGAGAAAUGAGAAGCAUUAACGGGCAGGUGCAACAACUUGUACAAGAUGCUAUUGACCCUGAGCGCCUAUGUCAACUAUUCCCAGGAUGGGGAGCUUGGUUGUGAUGCCCCUUUCAUUUUAUUCCCUAGUCCCAAAAGCAUCUUGCGUAUAGUGGCUUCUAAAUUUGUCAAAUUUCUCGAGCCCAACCAGUGAGAUUAUAAUGUGUUGAUCCUUUUUUUUUCUCUAGGACAGUGAUAAUGUGUUAAUCCGUACGUAGUGUACUAUUAAGCUGUACAUAAAAAGGAUAGUCCAUGUAUAGUUCGAUGCAAAAAUGAAAAUCUGCUAUUUGUUCUAGAAUAUUCACUUGUGUGUGCUUUGGUCUAAUGCUAGUCAAAAAAAAAUUUCUCCGUGUAGAUAGGUUACCAAGUUCUCUAUAUACACUUAUCAAUCAAUA